AUGAUCCCCAUUUCUACGACUCAACAUUUUGCCGACUGCCUUGAAUCGCUCAGGCGGGAUUGCAUUAGGAAGAAACCCACUAUCAAUACUGAGCAGCAGGCAACUCAUGAGAACUUAGUAUGCUGGUGCGUCGAAGGCAAACCUCUUUCAAGAGACCAGGUCAACGUUCUGACCGGAAUCACCUCCGGGUUCAGGGGCUUCGCAGACCUCUACUCCAGCCCAGGCGGCCGAGCUACAAUCAGCGAGUACCUUGGAGGCAGCGAUGGUGAACGGGUCGUCUCGUUUCUCUCUAAUGGCCCGUCACACGUCCGCGAGCAGCCAGGACUAACAGAGGCACACGAGGUGUGA